AUGGCCUCUACCACGAAUCACUCCUCUCCUCCCAAGGAAGCUUCAGCCAAUAAUCAAACAGGAAAUUGGUUAAAGCUUUAUCGCUUUAACCUCCAAGGCGAUGAAGCGAUAAUCUUUACCGUUUUCAUCUGCAUCAUAAUCAUACUUGGUGUGAUUUUUAACCUCUCCAUUUUUAUUUUGUGCAUGUGCUACAAAAGGAAGUAUUGGCGCCGACACGAUCUUUAUACAUCCAAUUACAUUUACAAAAUAUCGAAAAUGCUGAGCUCGAUGCAAAGGUUAGAGCUGUCUUCGCUAGUAAAGGCUGAUGCCACCCGACCGAUAUGCUUUCUGGCUUUGGCAAUGCAAGCACGACUUAGGUAUAUUCACGUUAUCUACUUGAAUGCUCUGUUCAAUUUGUUGGCUUGCGGCUUCUUUCUUCCCUUCGUUGCAAUGCGAAUCAAUGACUAUGAGGAUGUGGAAUGGACCCAUAGUGAGCAGUUCCUUCUUCUCUGCCAAGCCUUCAGUGUCUUUCAGGUGAACUUUCUCUCCUUUACGCUUCUCAUAAAUACAUGCAUAGUGUUUGUCAGCACUGUCUUUCCGCCUCAGUUUGCCCUCAAGAAAACCUCUUUCAUCAUACUCCUGACGGUAAUUCUAUUACUUUGCUUAGUUCACAUGACCUGCACCCUUACUCUAACCAUAAACCGUAUAAAUGAAGGUCUUUUUGCUGCUGAGGCAAUCUCCUUUGAGGAUCGUGUAGGAGCUCUAAAAAUUGUGCUAAUUGUUACGCUUGGUGUCUUCAUAGGCACCUUUAUUAUCACCCUGAUUCUCCACCUCCUUGUACACUGUCAAAUAUUCAGCGCCCGCUCCUUUUUGGAUUACCUUGAAGACAGGCCGGUUGUUAAUCUGUGGAUAGAGAUUCUUCGGAGCUGCAGCAACCAUGCUUUCAACCUCUUUCUAGCCUCAUUAUUCUUCUAUGCUCUUGAGGCACCGGCCUUUCUCCUUGCCUACAACCUCAUCUCCUCGCAUUGGUGGAUAUUGCUCUGUCAUUGUUCUGUGCAUAUGUUUAACGCCCUCAUUCAUUUGCCUCUGUGUUCACAGCUUCGACAUGCGGUUGACAGAAGCACUAUUCGUGCUUGUCGUGAAGAGUGCCGCAGGUUGAAAUGCCGGAGAAAACACAAAUCAUUGACGAUUUCAGAGAUAAGGGAAUGA